GAAUCAGAACGACCAUUUUUGGGGUGUUUUGGGCUUUUCUUGGGGGUCUAAACCAAGUCCUUGUGCACAAUGAAUCCUCGUGCAAGGCCCUAGUGCAAGACACGGCACGUCCUCGUGCAAGGCACUGAUGGAAGGCACUUGUCCUCGUGCAAGACCCUCGUGCAAAAGACCUUGUGUAGGGUGUCAAUGUGAGGCUCUGGCCCUUGUGCAAGAUGCUUGUGCAACGCACAGCUAUUGGCAAGGUCCUUGUGCAAGGUCCUUGUGCACAAGGCUCUUGCUCUUAUGAUCCUCGUGCGAGAUCCUCGUGCAGGGGCCGCUCUUGCUGAUGGUGUUCACAUGGGUUUGUUGCACAAGUUCAGUGUGUAAUGCACUUGUGCAAGGCUCAUUGCUAUGCGUAGUCUCCAUUGGAGCCUCUUGUGCAAGGUCCUCGUGCAAGCCUCAUCUUCCUGCAUGGUCCACAGCCAAAGCUCUUGUGCAAGACUUAUUGCCAUGCAAGGUCUGGUCUGCAUUGGAAGCUCUUGUGCAAGGUCCUUGUGCAAGGCUAUUUCCAUGCAUGGUCUCCAUUGGAAGCUCUUGUGCAAGGUCCUCGUGCAAGGCUCAUUGCCAUGCAUGGUCUCCAUUGGAAGCUCUUGUGCGAGGUCCUCGUGCAAGGCUCAUUGCAGCGCAUGGACGCCAUUGGAAGCUCUUGUGCAAGGUCCUCGUGCAAGGCUAUUUCCAUGCACGUUCUCCAUUGGAAGCUCUUGUGCAAGGCCCUCGUGCAAGGCUAUUUCCAUGCAUAGUCUCCAUUGGAAGCUCUUGUGCAAGGUCCUCGUGCAAGGCUCAUUGCCAUGCAUGGUCUGCAUUGGAGGUUCUUGUGCAAGGCCCUCGUGCAAGGCUAUUUCCAUGCAUGGUCGCCAUUGGAAGCUCUUGUGCAAGGUACUCGUGCAAGGCUCAUUGCCAUGCAUGGCCUCCAUUGGAGGCUCUUGUGCAAGGCCCUCGUGCAAGGCUAUUUCCAUGCAAGGUCUCCAUUGGAGGCUCUUGUGCAAGGUCCUCGUGCAAGGUCCUCGUGCAAGCCUCAUCUUCCUGCAUGGUCCACAGCCAAAGCUCUUGUGCAAGGCCCUUGUGCAAGGCUCAUUGCCAUGCAUGGUCUGCACUGGAGGCUCUUGUGCAAGGCUAUUGGCAUGCAUGGUCUGGUCUGCAUUGGAGGCUCUUGUGCAAGGUCCUCGUGCAAGGCUAUUUCCAUGCAUGGUCUCCAUUGGAAGCUCUUGUGCAAGGUCCUUGUGCAAGGCUCAUUGCCAUGCAUGGUCUCCAUUGGAAGCUCUUGUGCAAGGCCCUCGUGCAAGGCUCAUUGCAAUGCAUUGUUGCCAUUGGAAGCUCUUGUGCAAGGCCCUCGUGCAAGGCUCAUUGCAGCGCAUGGUCGCCAUUGGAGGCUCUUGUGCAAGGCCCUCGUGCAAGGUCCUCGUGCAAGGCUCAUUGCCAUACAUGGUCUCCAUUGGAGGCUCUUGUGCAAGGUCCUCAUGCAAGGUCCUCGUGCAAGGCUCAUUGCAGCGCAUGGUCGCCAUUGGAAGCUCUUGUGCAAGGCCCUUGUGCAAGGUCCUCGUGCAAGGUCCACGUGCAAGGCUCAUUGCCAUGCAUGGUCUCCAUUGGAGGCUCUUGUGCAAGGUCCUCGUGCAAGGUCCACGUGCAAGGCUCAUUGCCAUGCAUGGUCUCCAUUGGAGGCUCUUGUGCAAGGCCCUUGUGCAAGGUCCUCGUGCAAACCACUCAACCCACACUCCAAGAAUCCCAACCUCCCAAUUCCAAGAGUCUCUCACACCGAAUCCUCGUGCAAAUCCUCGUGCAAAUCCCCCCCCCUUAUAUUUGCACGAGGGUGGGGGGGGGUCUCUCAUAUGAGCCGCUCCUCUGGGGGCAGCUUUAAUGGGGGGGGGGCCGGGGGGGGCCCUCGUGCACCGUCCUGUUCCUGUCGGCUGGGUCGAUACGUUCCUUCCGUGCGACGUUUUUCACGGAGCCGAAAAAUCCCAUAAAGAAAAAACCCGAAAAGGGCAAAAAAGGCCAAAACCCCAAAAACGGACAGAGCGGCCACUGCGCCCACCUAUAGGGGGAUAUAGGGGGGAUAUAUAGGGAUAUAGGG